AUGUGGUCGCCAUUCAGUACGAAGAAUGGCAACGGAGCCUCGCCAUCACUGUCACAUCUGCUCACUCUCUCAACACUUGCCGCUCUUGCCCCCCUAAGUGAGGCACAAUUCCCACCAUAUCAGGCUGUCGGCCUGAAAACGGUCACCUCACCCUCCAAUACGAACAUCAAGAUCUCGUAUAAAGAACCUAAGGAUGUCUGUACGACUGCUUUCAAACGCCAGAAGCAGUACACCGGCUGGGUCACCGUCCCCGGCGAGCAUCCAACACACCUCUUCUUUUGGUUUGUCGGUGCCCGCGAGCCAACCUCUGCGCUGACAAUGAUGCUCAACGGCGGCCCCGGUGCGAGCUCCAUGUUUGGCCUCUUCGCUGAGAACGGCCCUUGCCAGGUCGUCGAGAAGGGCGCCAACCGCUUGGAGACGGCCGCCAGAGAAUGGGGCUGGGACAGAGCCUCCAACAUGCUCUUUGUUGACCAGCCCAACCAAGUCGGUUUCUCAUACGAUACUCCCACCAAUGGCUCUCUGGACUUGACGACGGGCAUGUCGUCGCCCGACAUGCACUUGCCUGACGGCCUGCCUCCUAGUCUCUUCCUCAACGGCACCUUUUCCUCAAGCAACAUCCAAAACACCGCCAACACGACUCAGAAUGCCGCCAUGGCUGUCUAUCACCUGCUCCAGGGGUUCCUGAGCACCUUCCCCGAGUACGUCCCCGACAAGAACAGCCCGUUGGGCGUCAACCUCUUUACGGAAAGCUAUGGCGGACACUACGGGCCUGUCUUUGCGGACACCUGGCAGAAGGAGAACGACAAGCUCCAAAAGCGCGCGAUGCCUCUUUCCAGACGACAGGAUGACGCCAACACCAGCAUCCAGUCCCGUCCCUCCAAGGGCGGUGGCGGUGGUAACCGCGAAAUCAAGCUCUCCUCACUCGGCAUCAUGAACGGCUGCAUCGACGAUCUCGUCCAAGGCUCGCGCUACGUCGAGAUGGCCAUCAACAACACGUACGGCAUCAAGCUGAUCGACCAAGCCACGGCCGACGCCAUCACCUCGGGCUUCAACGCGCCCGAAACAGGCUGCAAAGACCUGCUCCUCGCCUGCCGCCAAGCCCAAGCCGCUCUCGACCCCUUAGACCAAGGCGCCGACGAAACCGUCAACCAAGUCUGCGCCUACGCUUCCUUAACCUGCCAGCAGCUCCUCGGCUCCGUGCUCGCUGCCACCGGCGCCAACGCCUACGACAUUGCGCACACCGGUCCCGACGCGUUUCCCGAUUACCACUACCUCGAGUACCUCAACUCGCGGCGCGUGCAGGAACAGAUCGGGUCCGUGGUCAACUACACGGACGUCUCUCCCGUCGUCUACCAGGCGUUUUUCCAAACCGGGGAUAGAGCCCGCGGCGGGUUGAUCGGCAAGCUGGCUUCGCUUUUGCAGAGGGGCGUGCGCAUCGGUCUGGUGUAUGGCGACCGCGAUUACAUCUGCAACUGGAUGGGCGGCGAAGCAGCGUCUCUGGCGAUUGCCGACGCCAUGAAAGAUCUGGAUCCCAAGAGCCCUUACCCUACCAAGUUCCCGCAGGCUGGGUAUGCGAAUAUUCAGACUAACGGCAGGGGGGAAGUCGUCGGCGGCGUGGUGAGACAGUUCGGCAACCUCAGCUUCAGCAGGAUUUAUCAGGCGGGGCAUUACGUGCCUGCUUACCAGCCUGAGACGGCGUUCCGGGUGUUUGAGCGUAUUAUCGGCGGUAACCGCGCGGUCAGCAACGGUGCUAGGGUGAACCUGAGGGACGACUUUGCGACUCAGGGACCGAAGAAGGCUGAUAAGAUGCUUAAGCCGCCUAAGGAGGUGACGGCCAAGUGCUUUCUAAGGAAUCUUGGAGCGACUUGUACCCAGGAACAGGUCAUGGCGAUUUUGAAGGGCGAGGGGGUGGUGAUUAAUGGGGUGUGGUAUAAGGAGCGGAAGGAUUGGAGUCCGGUGACGGCUAGGAGUCAGACGGUCGCGGAGGAGUCUAAGACUAAGAGGAGUCUUUUGGGUAGAGCGGCUGCGAUGUGGUUUGAGUAG